GUGGUUGGCCUCCCGAGCCCUAUCUCCUAAUCCCACCCUCCUUUCCCCUCCCCCCCAUCCAUUCCCCUCGCCGCCGCCGCCGCCGCGCGCCGCCUCCUCCCCCCUAUCCCAAGAUGAAUGUCGACAAGCUUAAGAAGAUGGCGGGUGCUGUGCGCACCGGUGGCAAGGGCAGCAUGCGCAGGAAGAAGAAGGCAGUUCACAAGACUACCACCACUGAUGACAAGAGGCUUCAAAGCACCUUGAAAAGAGUAGGAGUGAGCAGUAUUCCUGGUAUUGAGGAGGUCAACAUCUUCAAGGAUGAUGUGGUUAUUCAAUUUCAGAAUCCUAAAGUGCAAGCAUCUAUUGCUGCAAAUACCUGGGUAGUGAGUGGAACACCACAGACGAAAAAGCUGCAAGAUCUGCUUCCAACAAUCAUCAACCAGCUGGGUCCUGAUAAUCUGGACAACCUGCGGAGGCUUGCUGAGCAGUUCCAGAAGCAGGUACCCGGUGCCGAGGCUGGUGCCAGCGCAGGUGCUGCUCAGGACGAUGAUGACGAUGUUCCUGAGCUUGUCCCUGGAGAGACGUUUGAGGAGGCUGCAGAGGAGAAAAAGGAGCCUGAGGAGAAGAAGGAAGCGGAGCCUGAGGAGAAGAAAGAGUCGUCCUAGUUUUGUUCAUCGCCAUCGUCUAUUAUUGUUGGUUCAGUGUUGCCCCCCUACCAUGCCUGGGACGUGCUCUUGUAUGGACUCCGACCUGCCUUGCUCGUUUCCAUGUGGUCCGGUUUUGUCUUGUACGAGGAUUUGGUCUAAUUCAACGGUGAAAUUGAGUUUUACGACGGUCAAAAUUAUGCUUCCGUUCGCAAGUGUUUUAUACCCACAUUGUGUUUAUCUCGACGUGAGUUCGGAAUAUCUUUUGUCAUCCAAUGUUUAUGUGCCAGUCUGCGAGAGUGUUGUAUGAUUGUAUUGCGCCAACUAUGCCGAAUUGUUCCUCAGUUAUACUCUCCUAGUUUCUAUUC